AUGCAGCAACAGAAACGACAGCCAGAACUAGUGGAAGGAAACCUUCCUGUGUUUGUCUUUCCGACUGAACUAAUAUUUUAUGCCGAUGAUCAGUCAACACACAAGCAAGUGUUAACGUUAUACAACCCCUAUGAGUUUGCCUUAAAGUUUAAAGUUCUCUGUACGUCCCCAAACAAGUACGCUGUUGUUGAUGCUGCAGGCGCAGUGAAGCCACAGUGUUGUGUUGACAUUGUUAUCCGGCACAAAGAUGUCCGAGCCAGUCACUUUGGGGUUAUCGAUAAAUUUCGCCUUCAGGUGUCCGAACAAAGCCAGAGAAAAGCACUGGGGCGUAAAGAGGUAAUAGCAAUGCUGCUUCCGUCCGCUAAAGAGCAACAGCACAAAGAGAGAGGAGGAAAAAAGGUUCAAGGAGCAUCUAGCAGAAAGUGUCUUCUUUGAGCAGGCACCUUGCCAGCCAGAUAUCAGAAACUCCUCCUCAGGGCCCAGUCUGCUGAUGAUCUUCCUCGGCAUGGUUUGCAUCGCUGCACUGAUGAUGCCCACUAUGGGUGAAAUGGAAUCUAUGGUGCCUCUCUACCUCCACUUAAGUGUGAAUCAGAAAUUAGUAGCUGCCUAUGUUUUAGGUCUUAUAACAAUGGUUGUUCUUCGAACAUGA